AUGGUGAAAGAGAGCAUGAGAGUGAAUCUUUAUGCUAAACCUGAUGUUGAACAAGGUCUGCCCACAGAAUAUGAAGAUGAAAAAAAAUCUAAAAAAUUUCUACCCAAAUCACGUAAUUUUUCAACCCUUGCUUUGAGGAAGUUGAGAGAUAUUAAAUUAAAAUUAGAGGACAUUUAUGAUGAUUUGACCCCUAUGCAAAGAUUAAUUAUCAGUGGUAUCUGUCUUUUUAUAUUUUGUAUUUAUUAUACUUGGGGUGGUUCACAUUAUGAUCCGGUUAUUAGAACAGCACUAGGCACUAGAGGUUAUAAGAUUCCUGUGACAGAUAUCCAGCAACAUAUUACACAUCCAAAGGAUGAUGGUGCUAAUGAAAAGGGUGUGUUUAUCACCUUGUGCAGAAAUGAAGAUUUAUUUGAAUUGACAGAAACAAUUAGAAAUAUUGAAGAAAAAUUUAAUAAUAGAUAUCAUUAUGAUUGGGUAUUUUUCAAUGAUAAUGCUUUUACUAAGGAAUUUGUAGAAGUCACGAGUGCAUUAGCAUCAGGGAAAACACGUUAUGCUAAAUUAUCUCAGGAAUAUUGGGGGUUACCAGAUUGGAUUGAUGAAGGUGUUAUGAAGAGGGGGUUUGAAAAAUUAACAGCGGUAAACGCAUUAUAUGCUGAUUCUGUACCAUAUAGACAUAUGUGUCGUUUCCAAGCAGGACUGGUUUACAAUCAUCCAUUAUUGAAAGAAUACAAGUAUUUUUGGAGAGUGGAUCAUGAUGUCAAGGUUCAUUGUAAAGUUCAAUAUGAUCUUUUCAAAUUCUUAAGAGUUAAUAAGAAGAAAUAUGGGUUUAUAUUAUCAUUACAUGAAUAUCCAGAAACUAUCCCUACUUUAUGGCAAUCUACGAAGGAAUUUAUGGAAAAGCAUCCUGAACAUGUUAGUAAAAAUAACUUAAUGAAAUUUAUAUCAGAUGACGAGGGAAAAACUUACAAUUUGUGUCAUUUCUGGUCUAAUUUUGAAGUUGGAUCUCUGGAUUUCUUCAGAUCAAAACAAUAUCAAGAUUACUUCAAAUAUUUAGAUAGCAAAGGUGGAUUUUACUAUGAAAGAUGGGGUGAUGCUCCAAUUCAUUCGAUCGCCGCUUCAGUACUAUUGGAUAAAUCAGAAGUUCAUUUUUUUGAAGGUAUGGGUUAUUCACAUUUACCAUUCACUUCCUGCCCAGCUGAAGCUGCUAUUAGAUUACAAAAUGAGUGUACUUGUGAUCCUCAUGAGGAUGAUACAUGGGAACCAAGUUUCUUCUGUAACACUAAAUUCUUUAAUGUUCAAAAUAUGUUACCACCUGUUGUAAAUUAUAAUUAUUAG